AUGGUUCUCACAAAGCUAAGUGUCAAGAUGCUUCUGCAGAUGAAGCCAAUUGGGAAGCAGCAAGAAUUGACAGAGAAAAACAAUGGCUUUCUCCAAAACAUCGAUGCGGCUGAAGGCUCAAUGCAGAAUUUGCUAAGGGAAUUUACCAAAAUGGACCUCAUCUUGGAGAGAUCAGAUGAUGAGGACAUUUUCUCUGAAAACUCUCAAACUGACUUCCUUCAUGAUUUGGAGACUAAAAAAUGGGAUAUGUUGGAGCUGGAGGCUGGGCAUGACCAGGACCUGCAGAGUGAACAAGAUGAGCAAGAAAGAAAUCACGUUCAACAAGAAGAUCCCCGGGCAUCCACAUCUUUACAGUUUUCAAAGGAGAACAUCCCUGAAUAGGGUCAGGAGAACAUGUUCUUCCAGCUAAACCACUGGAAUACACAGAUGGGUCCACAAGUGAAAGAACUUGGAGCUGAUCACAUAGGCUGGAUGGAAAAAAUUAAAAAUAUUACAAAAAUAAACCUAACAGAAAACACAGUGAAGAGCUUAUUAAGUGAGGUGAUGUCCCUGGAGGGCCAAAUUGAAAAGCUGAAGUCACACCAGGACCUUGACUCUGAUCAGGGGGCAAACAUCGAGGAAGAUGCUUGUAAUGAAGCUCAUGAAUUAAAGGAAAAACUCGUUGCAAGAAUAGAGAACUUUUGCAAGGACAUGACUCUGCUGAAUACAAAGUUUGGGAUGUACCAAAUGCAAGAAGGGAAAACAGACUCUCAGAGUCCUGAAGAAAUGGGCAUGGAAGAAAGGGAGCCCCUGCUUCCUCAGGAUUCACCACCCCACUUAGGGCAGAACUCUCCUCCCUGCAUUACAAUGUGCAAAUGUGCACUGAGGAUUUUCAUCAUGUAUGUCCUCAUCUUCACGGGAGUUCCAUGUUACAUACUAUUUUUUGAUGCUACGUUUAUUUUUGAAAAGGUGCUCCCUACAAUGCUUGGGUGCCACAGAAUGUGGGAACUGCGGGAGAUUAUUGCCCCUUUCUUGAAUUUGGAAGUGGAAGACUUGUUACCCUCCUAA